GCUUGAUAUCUUGAAAAUAACAAACUCAAAAUUUUGACGUCAUUUCUUCUGCAGUAAGCCGGCCACGUCAACUUCGAGAAAAAAGACCAUCUUUUCAGAGUAAAGCUGACAAGAUGGCCACUCUGGCAGAACAGCCAUGUUACACCCUGAUCAACAUUCCUUCAGACGCAGAGCCUCCUACUGAGCUGCAGCUUAGACAGGAUCUAGAAAAAGGAGACAUUAAGACCAAGACAGAAGCACUGAAAAAGACGAUCCAGCAGAUUCUGAAUGGAGAGAAACUCCCAUCUUUGUUGAUGGCUAUUAUUAGAUUUGUCAUGCCGAUCCAGGAUCACAUGAUCAAGAAGUUAUUACUGAUCUUCUGGGAGGUGGUUCCUAAAUAUACACCUGACGGCAAGAUGUUACACGAGAUGAUUCUGGUCUGCGAUGCCUACAGAAAGGAUUUGCAGCACCCCAAUGAGUUUAUCCGUGGCUCCACCCUGAGGUUCCUGUGUAAGUUAAAGGAGGCGGAGCUGUUAGAGCCCCUGAUGCCCGCCAUUAGACAGUGUCUGGAGCAUAGACACUCCUAUGUCAGAAGGAACGCUGUACUGGCUAUCUACACCAUCUACAGGAACCAUGACUCCCUGAUCCCAGAUGCACCUGAACUGAUUGCCAAGUUCUUGGAGGGAGAGCAGGAUAUGUCCUGUAAGAGAAACGCCUUCAUGAUGUUGAUCCAUGCAGAUCAGGAGAGAGCCCUGAAUUACCUGAGUAGCUGUAUUGACCAGGUCAACUCGUUUGGGGACAUUCUACAGCUGGUUAUUGUGGAGCUGAUCUAUAAAGUGUGUCACAAUAACCCCUCUGAGAGAGCCCGAUUUAUCCGCUGUAUUUACAACCUCCUGAACUCCCAGAGUCCCGCCGUACGCUACGAGGCAGCUGGUACCCUAGUCACCUUGUCUAGUGCCCCUACUGCAGUCAAGGCUGCCGCUAGCUGUUACAUUGAACUGAUCAUCAAAGAAAGUGAUAACAAUGUCAAACUGAUUGUGUUGGAUCGAUUGAUUGCCCUGAAGGAGGUACCUGCCCAUGAGAAAGUCUUGCAGGACCUUGUGAUGGAUAUUUUGAGAGUCCUCAGUGCCCCUGAUUUAGAAGUAAGGAAAAAGACCUUGACACUUGCCCUUGACCUUGUGUCCUCAAGGAACAUUGAAGAGAUGGUACUGGUGCUGAAAAAAGAAGUGGUGAAGACUAACAAUGUGGAACAUGAGGACACAGGGAAGUACCGACAGCUGCUGGUCAGAACCCUCCAUCAGUGUUGUAUCAAGUUCCAAGAUAUUGCCACCACCAUUAUACCUGUGUUGAUAGAGUUCCUAGGAGACCAGAAUGAGCUUGCUGCUUUAGAUGUGCUGGUCUUUGUUAGAGAGGCCAUCCAGAGAUUUGAGUCUCUGAGGGGACUGAUCAUCAGUAAACUACAGGAAGUCUUCCCUUCCAUCAAAGCCAUGAAGUAA